AUGGCCACAACCUCGCAGGUAGCCCCAAAGCUUGAUCUCAAGACGUUUCUUCGGCCCCUCCGGGUCGAAGUCGAAACCUUGUAUGAUUUAUCAUGUCAGCUCUCAUCAUCUUACAAAAAGUUGGCCGCAGAGUCGGUUGAACACUUUAUCCCAACGGCCAUUACCCGUCUUCCGACAGGUCAGGAGACAGGGCGCUAUCUCGCCGUUUACUUCGGUCUGCAUUACCUGCGUGUGGCUUUCAUCGAUCUCUUGGGAGAUCAACAACUCAAGGAACACGCGCGUGUACGCCGCACAUUAGAAAAGGCAUGGCCUAUUGAGGAGCACUUACGGAAGGAUCAUUCCAAUGACCUCUUCGCCUGGAUUGGAGACUGUAUCGCCGAAGUCGUGGCCGACAGGCUGGCCAACCCCAAUGAAGAGCGGAUUGACCAAAUAACGACUGGCAUUUCCUUCUGUCUUCCUAUAAAACAAGAUUCCCUUGAUGAAGCUAUCCUGAUGCCAACAGGAAAGGGAUUUUCCUUAAGCUCAGACCUCAAUCUCCGCCAAUCAUUGCUGAACGGCUAUGCACGCCACACGUAUUCGUCUCAUGGAAAUGAAAACGAGGAUGAAAUGGACAUGCCUUCAAAACGCCGCAGGCUAUUUUCCCUUCCCAAAUUGAAAGUAGCGGUCAUGAUCAAUGACACCACAGCGACUCUUGCUUCGUUGGCGUACUCUAUCCCCUCUCUCCCCAAUACCCGUGUUGUCAUGGGCCUGAUCGUGGGCGCUGGAUGCAAUGCGACUGUUCCCAUGAAACUUGUUGAUUUGCAUGAAACAAAAACUAAAAGUAUUCUUGAAAAAUACCCUGACGCCGAAGAAACCCUUAUUUCGACCGAAUGGACUCUUUCCACCGCAGCUGCUUCUUUUGAUGCGCUUGGGAUUCGAACAAAAUGGGAUCAUCAACUCGAUAGCAAUUCCAAGAGACCUGGUUUCCAGCCAAUGGAAUAUAUGGUCGGUGGUGGAUUUACUGGCGAGCUUGUCCGCAUUGUCUGUUAUGAUUGGUUCCACGGAGCCUUAGGGAUAGAACGCUCUGAGUUGCCGCUAAAGUUGGUUGGGGAGUAUUCUCUUACGACAGAAUACCUCUCCCUUGUUGUUGCUCCUUCUCUUUCCGAUGAGCGCUUAGCGAGAGAAUUGUCCAGAACACUUCAACCACCCGCUGACAGUACGUGGACCUGGAGUCCUGAGUAUGCCCGUGAUCUUCGCGCAAUUUCCUCCGCAGUGCAAGAUCGAGCGGCUUCCUUGGUUGCAUCCGCUGUCGUUGGUCUUCUCGAUUGUACCAAUGAGAUCCAACUCUGCAAUGAAUCACCCAAAGAGAUCAAUGGUGAAAAAAUCGAAACGGAAGUUGAAGUUAUUGAAAAAGCGGACCUGGAACCAGUCUCAUCGUCAAGGCCAGGUUGGAAGAGCGGACCCGAGGAGCUCGCGGUGGCUUUCUCGGGCGGGGUGAUUCAACACUACCCUCAUUAUAAACAAAAUGUACAGAGAUAUAUUGACCGACUCCUGCUUCGUGCUGGUCCUCAGGCAGGAGGAAAGAGUGUCUUCUUGAGGGAGGCCAGCGAUGGCGGGAUCAUCGGGACUGGCGUCCUGGCUGGAACUGCGUCAGGAGAAAUCGGGGAAAUCAAGGUCACCCACUCAUGA